AUGCGCUUACAAAGACAUCCUGAGAACUUGAAAUUGUACCAUGAUAUUAUACGGAAACAACUUGAUAACAAGUUUAUCGAGGUUGUAACAAAUGAUGACCAACAAGAAGGACACUACCUGCUGCACCACUCAGUACUGAAAAAUUCAGCUACUUCUCAAAUAAGGAUAGUAUUCAACUGCUGUGCUAAGACUAAGCAAAGUAGUGUUUCCUUAAAUGACUGUCUUCAAACUGGCCUUUGCCUGACACAAAGGCUAUACAACGUGGUGUUAAAGUUCCGCAUCGGGACUUACGCUUAUACAGCCGACAUCAGCAAAGCCUUCCUUAGAGUAGGUCUCCUAGAAGAAGACCGUAACUACAUCAAGUUCCUAUGGAUCAAGGAUACUAACGAUCAAAACAGUGAAUUAAUUGCUUACAGAUUUGCGUCUGUUUUGUUCGGUACUACUACUUCACUGUUUGUGCUUCAAGCUACCUAA